AGUUCAUAACAGAUGACAGUCCAUAAAGUGAAAGCCACGUUUCACAACUUCCCUACUGAGACAACAGGUUCCAGGCACUGGGGCAUGGUGGGGAUGAAUACUUUGAGUGGAUGAUGUCUCCAAAUAGUUUGACAGCGGUUUGGGAAACUGGCACAAGCACUGGCACGGUGCACAUACAUGUGAUCUUGUGAAACAGCUUCACCAGGAGACAUUGGAUUCUGACGGAAAAGCAGGUUAUUAAAGUCACCAUUUGCUCAUGAGGCUGAUACUGAAGUAGCAGUGACACAGCCCUUUAUCAUUUGAUGUCAUUUAAUCACGAUAAUGGGUGACGAGGACGGGAGCAACCGACCGAGGGGGAGAUGGACCUUCUCGUCUCUGCGGAUAAAGAAACCAGUGACAAACAAUCUGGUAGAAGACCUUGGAAGCAGAGGAGGUCGGCUGCAUACUUCUCUCCGUGGAGAUCCAAGGAAACGAUUAGAUGACCAUGUAUUCAAUGGCUAUACUGGAGUGCAACCUGGUCAAGUAGCCAAGAGAAUUCAGGCAUUUUCUGACAGUCAGCUGGAAUCCACCAAGUCAAUUGAGAAGACCCAUACAGAGCACUCAAAUUACCCCAGGGAUAGGACCUGGCUUUCUCCUUCUACAUCAGAAAAAGCUGGGGUGAUGCCAAGUGAGGGUGAGGCACCAUUAAGCAGUGCCAGGACUCGGUUCAGUAACCUGUUUGCUUCUUUUGCAAAAAAAAGUCCAAAUGAAGAAGACAAUUCUCGGAAUACUGCCAAAGCAGAUGAUGUUCCCAGUAGGACUUCAAUGUUACUGAACCCCAUCAAAGUCUUGAAAGAAAGAAGUAGUAAGGAACGGCAGCCACAGAAUCUUGAAGCUAAGAACCAGGAGAUGGAGCAAAGAGAGUCACGCUAUGCUAGUGGACAGUUCUUCUUUGAGUACCUUGUUGUUGUUUCUUUGAAAAAGACAAAAGCAAACAGCUAUGAACCUCAGGUCAUUUAUCAGUUCCCAAAGAAAGAUGGGAUGAUCCGCUAUCAGAAAGAGGAAGAAGAGAAGACCCUGAAGGCCAUCAUGCUCUUUUGCUUCCCUGAAGGUGUUAGCUGGGCACCUCUCACAGAGUACAAAAGUGAAACAUUUUCAUUUGUCUUGACUGAAAUUGAUGGAAGCCGAAAGAAUGGAUACUGUCGACGAUUAUUGCCCCAGGGGAAAGGUGCACGGCUGCCAGAAGCAUAUUGUGUUAUCAGCAAGCUGGCCUGUUUUGGACUCUUCUCUAAGAUUUUUGAUGAAGUGGAAAAGCGGCGGCAAAUCAGCCUAUCCAUGAUUUAUCCUUUUAUGCAGAGUCUAAGGGAGUUGCCUUUCCCAGCUCCUGGACACACUGUAAAGGUUAAAAGCUUCAUCCCAGACUCUGGCACUGAGAUCAUUGAACUGACGCGACCAAGAGAUUCCCAGCUGGAGCAUGUUGAUUUUCGCACUCUCUUCCAACGCCUAUCCACAGAGGAAGUGAUUUAUGUUUUUGCUGCUACAGUGCUAGAAAGAAGAAUAAUCUUUGUGGCUGAGGAACUAAGCACACUGUCUCAAUGUAUCCAUGCAGUGACUGCUCUACUGUAUCCUUUCAUCUGGCAGCACACACUCAUCCCCAUUGUGCCGGAGAUCAUGAUUGAUGUGGCCAUGGCACCGACACCAUACUUGCUUGGGGUACAGAAGCAGCUAAUGGGAGAUGUACUAGGUCAGGAAGAGGUACUAAUUGUGGAUUUAUCAAAUGAACCAAGUAAAGCUUUCAUUGAGCAGGUGGGUGAUGAGAAAAGUUUAUUACCUGUCAAGUUGCAAGAGGAAAUUUUGCAGAUGUUGAAUGUCCGGAAUGAUAAUGCUACCUUAGAGGAACUGAACAAAAUUGUAUCUGAAGCCUUCCUACAUUUCUUUGUUCGGACAAUUGGCCAUUUCUCAUCCUUUGUCAAAAGGAAGAAUAAAGAUGGAGAGGGAGAGUUCCAGAAGAGGUCCUUCUACAAAUCAAUAGAUUCCAAAAACACACGCAAAUUUGUGAAAACAUUCUUGCAGACUCAGAUGUUCGACUUAUUUAUUCAAGGCGUGGAGCAGCAAACAAAUCUGCAAGAUGAAUUCCAAAGGAAAGUUUCAGAGUAUCAAGAGAAAAAGAAGAAAGAAAAGGCAAAGAAGUAUUAGCAGGUCUCAUAUUGAACCAAUUCCCAGAAUGAUGGACUGUGACUACAGCGCUGCUCAAACUGGAAUGUAAUGUAAAUAUUGUUGGAGAAAAAUGUGUGUCUUUGGUCCCGAGUGUGUUUAUAUUUUUGUGUAUUUCAAAGUCCUGUCUUGUAAAUAAAGAAUCACUUUUUUGGUGGUCUUCUGCAUA